GAUGACUAUAUUGAUAUAUUUAGCCAUUGAUAAAGGUAAAACUGCUCUCAAAAUGCCUAGAAAAAAUUCUACAGAUAGCAAAGGAAAUCAUUUAAAUCCAACCUCAUGUCAGAGCUCUGACACAUCAUUGGUUUUAGAGUCUACAACACAUUCAACUUCAAGCCCAGAGUUAACUAGACAUGGAACAAAACAGUGUACUGUAAAUACUCCAGCUUCACAAAGUGAUAUAUUACACAUGAUAGAUCAAGCUGCUCAAUCUGGCUCACCUAAAGAAAUGCUUGAAUGUUUUAAUCAACUGAUACAAACAGAGAACAAAGUUAACCAAGAAAGUUUGGACCAAGGUCUGCUUUUGUCUUGUAGGUAUGGUAGAGAGUUUUUGGUUCAGAUUCUGAUAUUUCAUGGUGCUAAUAUUGAGACGAGAGACAAAGAUGGCAACACACCGCUUUUGAUAUGUGCUGAGAAAGGUUUCACUGACAUAGCUCUGUUACUGGUUGAUAAAGGCGCUGAUAUCAACAGUUACAACAAAGACGGUGACACGGCACUUUUACUUUCGAUCAAAACAUCCGGGUCCUCAGAACUGACUAGAAAACUAUUUGACAAAAAAGAUUUAAAAGUGGACCAUAAAAAUAAAAAAGGGUAUGAUGCUUUAAUGAAAGCCAUUGAAGUUUUAAACUUGUCAUUAAUGAACAUUUUGUUAAAAAAGAAAAGGGUUGUAACUGCUUGUUGCGAUUUUACUGUAUCAGACAGUGCUGGUAAAUUAGCUGAAAAAGUAGGUUUUGAACCCUUUAAAUAUUUUAUAGACCAACAAAAGCUUAAUAGAAAAACAACUUUACAAAAAGCAGUUUUAAGGAAAGACAAAUACCUCGUUAAGCUUUUAUUAGCUAGUCGUGUCGUUGUCUUCAGCGAUGGCAAUGGAGAAGAUAAUAAUAUUGUUUUUGAAUUUUUAAAGUCAAUACUAGAGAGUAAAAGAGAAAUAACAGAAGACGAUUUGGAUAUAGUUCAGAUUCUUCUAAAGGCUGGAGCUCCGCUUAAAUCUGAUUACUGUUACAAUAGUUCAGAAGGGGUGUUAAAUUUAAGCAUAAAGAUAGGCAGCUACAAUCUAAUCGAAAUGUUUUGUCGUCAUGGUGCGGAUGUGAACAAACAAGAUUAUUACUAUAGCAAUAAAAAUCCCUUGGUUGUAGCCGCUGAGAAUGGGAGAUGCGAUAUAAUAGACUUGUUACUUAACCAUGGAACACAGAUCAGCCAAAACUCAUGUCCAGCACUUCAGUCUGCAAUUGAGCAUGAGCAACUAGAUUGUGCGAAAUUUCUGAAAAAGCGUGGUGCUAAAAUAAAUGCUUCUGCAGCCCUAAUUGCUACUGUAAGUGGUAAUAAACUUGAAUCAUUUGUGUUUUUGACAGAACAAUUUAAGCCGGAGGUGUGUUCUCAGAUAAGGCAAAUAGGAACACAAUUAUUAAACACAGCUGCCGAAAAGGGAUAUAAGGAGAUGAUAAGACUACUAGUGCAAGAAGGUGCCAAUGUUAAUGCAAGUUAUGAUGAUAAAUCACCUUUAAUGUCAACUACAGAUGCCAGUGUUAUGGAACUCUUGAUCGAAUUAGGUGCCGAUGUGAAUAUGAUUAUUGAACCAUACAGGAAUUCCUAUUCAGCUCUCAGUUUUAUAAUAAAUGAAAGUCAACGAGGACGAACAAGAGACACUCUGCAUGAAAGGGUGAAAGUCCUCCUGGACAAUGGGGCAGAUGAAAAUAACCAAGACAAAUUAGGUAACACUCCAUUAAUGAAAGCUUCAGCAAAAUCAGAUAUGGAAAAAGUUUUACGGGCUCUUCUACAAGCUGGGGCCGAUGUCAACCAACAAAAUAACAAUGGAGAAAGCGCUUUAUAUUUUGCUGCAAAUUUAGAAUCUAUUGCUAAUGCGAAAAUCCUUUUGGAGUUUGAGGCAGAUAUCAAUUUAAAAAAUAACACUGGACAGACACCGUUAUUUAGUUUGGUGUCAAGACUCUGUAUGCCAAUGAUUAAGUUUAUGCUGGAAAACAAUGCUAAUGUAAACGAUGUAGAUAACAAAGGUAAUACUCCUUUGCUUCAUGCUUGUUCUUCAAGUUUCAACGACCCAUUUGAAGUUGCGAGACUUCUAAUAAAAGCAGGGGUGAGUGUCAACCAUCAAAACAAUGAAGGUUACACACCUCUGAUGUUAGCUGCCAAACAACAACACAUUGAAACAAUGAAAGUAUUGUGUGAGGCAGGUGCUGAUGUCAAUUUAGUUAAUGAAAAGAAAAACGAAACUGCUCUAUCUGCACUGAUUAGCAACAGUCGUACGCAAAGAUUUAAUAGGCAAAGUGUACUUUUUCUUAUAGAAAAAGGAGCUGACAGCUCAUGUUUAAGUCCUGAUGUUAUUCAUCAAUUAAUUUUAAAUGAGGAGUUUGCUUGUUUAAAACAAAUUAUAACCCUAGGUUUAGGGCCAAAAGAAGUUGAUAAGGCGUGCCUUAGUUUUGACAGAUUAACUGAGAAGAAAGCUUCGCCUAUUUUCACAUCUCUAAGUUACGGAUCUGUCGAGGUUGCUCGGUUUUUAAAUGACAUUUGGUUUUUGACGCAGUCUGACAUAUCUCUUGCCUACAAUAAACGAUUAAGGGAACAUCUCUCAGUAAACCAAUACAGUUUGCAAUUUCUAGACGAGUACCUAUCCCAGCCCAUGUCUCUACAGAAACUCAGUUUUGUUGUCGUGUCGUCUGCUGUAGGUGCUGAUGCUGGAAGGAAAGCACGGGUGGAAAAACUCCCAAUUCCAAAAAUGUUGCAGGACAAGCUGCUGUUUAAACACGCAGCACAGGCUGAAUUGGCAGCUGAGCCUCAAGUCUUAGAUAUAGCUAUGCUGCAGCGGUUAGCAGUGAUACACAUGUUAAAUGCCGGCUUAGGGUACGGCGUAUGCCCUGGAUAUGAUGAUGAAUAUUCAUCUUUUGAAAAUCACAAUAGUGAUUCGGAUUACUAGCCUGUACUUUUUUUUCAUUUUGAAACCUAAUUUCUUUUGCAAAGCUGCAAAUAUUUAUAUCCUUUUUAUAAUUUAAAAGUUUUAAACUGUCCUUUUUAAUAUUAUGGUGUAUAGUAUUCUUUAUCAAAUAUUUUCCAUUAUAGAAUGGAAGAAAGAUAAUUU